GUAAUGAGCCAGCUAGACGUAAUUGAGCAUUGCACGCGGCAAACCACAUCCCUUUUCAUAUCCCGUCACCUCCACUUUCUUCCUGCAACAAAAGUCGCAUUGUCAUAAAAAACACAGCAAUAGCUACUAACUAUGUGCUAAUACCAACACCGAUUACCAAACCUAGAGUCACUGACACAGGCCUUAAAUGACGUCGUGCCACAACCAUACCGUUGCACCCCGCGAGUUACAAAAAAGUGUGCACCACAUGGGGACGCCAACCCGCCGUACCUCUACCAUGAACGACGUAUGCUUUCACGCGGAUAGUGCACAACCACCAAUUCAGCAAGCACACCACCACAACAAGCAGCAGUAUGACUCGUCUAUCGAAAGCUUUACCUCAGUUCAGUGACAGACUCAGCUUUUUAGUCUCAAUAUCAUCACUUCGGGAAUCAGAAUACGAGCAGCAGUCUGAAUGGGCGAGAACCAUCUUUGAACGUACCAUGGCACGAGAGCAAGCUAUGGGUCCACAAACACAAGAGCUUCGCGUGCAGGACUGUAAACUACAGCUCCUACACAAACUCAUAGCAGAAAGACGAAACAUUGAAGUCGAAGCCAAAAUGAACGAAACUCAAGCUGAGCCUAACCCUCACCCUGUUGAACAGGAUGAGCUACUCAUGGGUACAGUUGAGGCUGGAACACUGGCCAAACAAAAUCAAGCAUCACAAAAGCUCCAGAGACAGCUAAAGAAGCUGGACAAGAUCGAUCAGCAGAGACAACAACAUCAGGAUCACCAGCAGCACAAACAAAAGCAACACCGCCGACAACAACCAAAGGAACCUGGUACACCGUCAUACGCAAAGAUCGCUAGUAAAAUAUCAAGAUGCCAGUUCAGGACCACCGACGUAAAAGCAGCGUAAUUGGGCUCAAC